AUGACUUCUACACAGCAAGACCAUAUUGUUCUUCUUGUCGACAGCCAUUUCUUCGAAAACCUCCCUGCCUGGGUCACCGACAACUUCACCGUCACUCCGGGAGGCUACCACGAUGGCCAGCCCUCUCGGAACAAACUCGUCAUCUUCGCCGACGGCAGCUACCUGGAGUUCUUCAACUGGUACGACAAGCCACCGUCCCUCGACGCUGAGAACCUGCCGAUGAGAUUUUGGGGGCCUAAAUCCCCGGGCUUGAUCGACUUUGCAAUCACCGACACCACCCACUCCGCCGAGGAAUCAGUGGACACGGUCAACGAACGCUUGUCCUCGAGCCACGAACAAGACGCCGGGCUCGGUAUCAAGUUCGGCAAGCCUGUUGCGGGCUCGCGUAAGAAAGCCAACGGCGUCGAGAUCAAGUGGAAGGUCACCCGCCCAGAGUUCUCCCAGGGAAAAAACACGCCCGGUGACGAGCUCUUCGCUAACGGCCGAAUCGACGUCCCCUUUUUCUGCCACGACGUCACUCCGCGAACAGACCGCGUGCCCAGUCUGGACGAGCAGAAGACGACGCACCCUUGUGGCGCCAUUGGCAUAGCCGCCUGCGAGAUCCUGGUCCCAGCUCGUCUGCUGACCGAAUACGCGCGAGUCUAUUCCAAGAUCCUAGGCUCUGAACUGGAACCAGUCACCGGCCAGAACUCGUAUACCCUCGACAUUGGUGUGCCUCAAGGAUCUGUCCAUUCCAAAGUGGUAGUGCGUGCUGCCGAGACUGAGCGAGACAUCCAGCGCAUGCAAGGGAGGGGCAUUGGCUUCUCUGAUCUUGUCAUCGCCGUCAAGUCCGCUAACCCCGGCGGCGAGACGAGGUGGCCAUUGGGCUCCAGUGGUAUCGAGCACACAGUCUGGUUAGAUAGUAGCACAGCGAGUACCAGGUAG